UGGGAUCGCUUGCAUUGUCGUUUAUUGUUUGUGCUUUAAUACCUCUCCUACUUAUCACCGAUCAGACAUCGGUAUACACUUUCCAAUAUCUAAGAUGGGCGAUUCCGCCUCCGGCGUCAUCCUCGACCCUCUCACCGGCGCGGUACUCGAACACGAUCAACUAGAUGGUAUCUCAGGGAGACUGAAAUACUCCCACGACCUUUUGAAAUUGCUCCACAUCUUCUUCAUCACAGUGACGUGGUGGAACGCGAUCGAGCUGAUGGUGCUAGUGCUGUCGACUUUCCGACGGCGGAAGGGGCUGUACUUCUGGAGCCUGGUUGUGACGAACUGUCUGGGGGUGGUGCCGUACUCGCUGGGGUUCCUGAUCCAAUUCUUCACAGAGGUCAAUGUUGCCGUGUCCACGGCUGUCGUAUGCGUUGGAUGGGUGUUCAUGGUGACGGGUCAGUCGGUGGUGUUGUACUCGCGGUUGCAUCUUGUGCUGCGCGACAAGGUCGUGCUGCGCCGUGUGCUGUGCAUGAUUGCCGUCAAUAUCUUCUUGCUACACGUCCCGGACAUUGUGAUUUCGUGGGUGGGUACCUUCGCUGAGAGUGCCAAGAUUAUACGCGCUUUUAACGUCAUGGACAAGGUCCAGCUCGUGGGGUUCACGGUGCAGGAGUUUAUCAUUUCUGCGCUGUAUAUUUGGGAGGCUAUUAAGCUGUUGCGGCUGAGGUCUGAUCGCCAGGACCGGAGGAUCAUGUACUAUCUUGUUGGUAUCAAUGCCGCGAUGUUCGUCAUGGAUUUGAUCCUGGUGAGCGUCCAAUUUGCGAAUUAUUUUGCUAUCCAGUCCACCCUUCAGGGGAUGUUCUAUAGCAUCAAGCUGAAGCUUGAGUUUGCUGUUCUGGGAAAACUCGUCGAUGUCAUUCAACAAGGGUCUAGCAGGAAUGGGUCGCUAGGGUACGCCAUGCAGCUGUCGUCGUUGGAUCAUAUCGAGGUGCAGACGGGCACAACGGCCACGCCGUCAUCGGCUUUGUCGAGUGAUUUGAAUGUUGAUGACAGAAGACAGGGGAUAAGGUUGUCGGAAGGGAAUAUUUUCGUGACCAAGGAGUUUUUGGCUUGGGUGGAGCGGCGGCCCCAUGGUAAUCGUCUUUUAUAGUCUUCGUUGCUCUUUCCUCCUGUUCACGUAAUCUUGACCGUUCCUUCCGUUCUCGUAAUUUCAACCUUGAUAUUUGUUGGAUGUCAAGAUCCCUACCACCCGCCAGUUGGUCUUUUUGGUCGAU